AUGGCGACUCUCAAGUCCCAUUUCGCUCCCAGCAAAAUUGUUUUUUAUAUCCUCUGGUGGGGCUUUCACUGGGGUAUGUUUGCCUUUGGCUGGUGGAAGCAAGCAUCAGAUCCACGUUUGGCCGGUCUCAACAGUCUGACCUUCUCAGUAUGGAUAUCUCGAGGAGCUGGUCUUGUCCUUUCUGUGGACGUUCUGCUCAUACUGCUGCCCAUGUGUCGGAAUCUCAUGCGUUUCCUGAGACCAAAAUUCCGGUGGCUACCUCUUGACGAAACACAAUGGUUCCACCGACAGUGUGCUUAUGCCAUGCUCGUUUUCACCACGGUUCAUGUCACUGGCCAUUAUGUUAACUUCUUCAACGUCGAAAAGAACCAGAUCCGGCCCGAGACGGCAGUCCAGAUUCACUAUGCCCAGGCAGGUGGCAUCACCGGUCAUAUUAUGCUGAUGUGCAUGCUGUUCAUGUACACUACUGCCCACCAGAAGAUUCGCCAACAAUCCUUCGAGACUUUCUGGUACACCCACCAUCUUUUCAUCCCGUUCUUGCUUGCCAUGUAUACGCACGCCGUGGGUUGCUUUGUGCGGGACACAGCCGAUCCCUUCUCCCCAUUUGCGGGUAAGGAAUUUUGGGGUCACUGCCUUGGCUACGAGGGCUGGCGAUGGGAGCUUUGGUCUGGUGGCCUCUACCUCUUCGAACGACUCUGGCGCGAAGUUCGUGCAAGAAGGGAAACCAAGAUUACCAAGGUCGUGCGCCACCCUUACGAUGCUAUGGAAAUCCAAUUUCAGAAACCCAGCAUGAAAUACAAAGCGGGUCAAUGGCUAUUCAUCAAUAUCCCCGCCGUAUCGAGCCAACAAUGGCACCCUUUCACCAUUACUUCAUGCCCAUUUGACCCGUACAUCUCAGUGCACGUCCGCCAGGUGGGUGAUUGGACGAAAGCUGUAGGGGAUGCUUUGGGUUGCGGUCCCGCCCAGUCCAAGGAAUUCGACAAUUUGGACAAAGAGGGUAUCUAUGAAAUUGCGCUGCAAAGUGGCCAAGAGAUGCCUGCCAUCCGUAUCGAUGGACCCUACGGUGCACCGGCCGAAGACGUGUUUGACAACGAAAUCGCCGUGCUCAUUGGCACAGGUAUUGGUGUUACACCGUGGGCCUCAGUGCUCAAGCACAUCUACAACAUCCGCGCGGGGCCCAACCCACCUCGGCGUCUCAAGCGUGUUGAAUUCCUCUGGGUCACCCGCUCCGUCGAAUCCUUCGAGUGGUUCCAGACCCUCCUUACUUCUCUCGAGCGUCAAUCCGCCGAAGCAGCCGAGAGCGUCGGCGGCCCUGAAUUCCUUCGCAUCCACACAUACCUCACGCAACGUGUUGACGCCAACACGGCAGCAAACAUCUAUCUCAACACUGUGGGCAACGCAGUCGACCCCCUGACAGCGCUGCGCACAAAGACACAAUACGGUCGGCCUGACUUCAAGCGUCUCUUCGGCGCCAUGAGAGACGGCCUCAUGGACCAGACGUAUCUGGACGUGGGCAAGGAAUCAUCCAUCACGGCGCAAAUGAAGGCCACAGUGGGUGUGUAUUUCUGUGGCCCCAGUGCCGCAGCGAGAGAAAUCAAGACCGCCUGCAAAGCCACGAGUAACGAUCUCGUCAAAUUCAGGUUUUGGAAAGAACAUUUCUAA